AACAUGAGUUUCUUAAAUCCAAGAUGUUUUUUUGUACUUAUAUUAUUUUUUUAAUGAAAUUGUCUGCUUUGUGGAGUUUGGAGAGCAGAAAAGCAGAAAAUGGCCAGUGCUCUCUUGCUGACUGCUACUCCUCUUCUGCCUUCCCGGAAGACCCAAGUAAGGGGAUUCAUGAGAAAUUUGGGGACUUCAUUCCAUGGCCAAGUGAUGUUUAAUCGAAGUUCUGCAAGAAGGGAGUUUAGUAACACUGGUGGAGGCCGAUUUGUGGUUGCUUCAGUGGUUUAUAUGCUACAUCCUUCUUCGUGGAUUUUUACUUGAUAUUAGUUUUUUGUCUUAUAAACCUAGUUUGACUUUGACCUUGUUACUUGAUUGUUUAUGUGACAUCGUCUUGGCAUGUAUUUCCGCUGCGAAUUUUGGAUUCUUAAAUUGCUUUUAGGUGGAUGUUUGAAGUUCAACAUUUUGUGGCUAUAUUUGAAAUCUUUAAAUUGCUUUUGGAUGGAUGUCUAAAGUUUCAAAAUUUGGAGGUAACAUGUGAAGGGGGUAACAGUUUAGAUGGAAUUGGUAUAUUUAUGGGUACACGGAUGAAUUUGGAUAUGGUUCUAGUUCGUCCUUUUUAUCCUGUUAAUCUUAAUGUCUAAUGAUUUGCAGCUUGGAAGGAGGGUCAAGAAGACAGAGACAGUGAUUCCAGAACCAGAUUAUCGGAUACCGAUUGUCCUGCUUGGUCUUGCCGGUGGGCUUGCUUAUACCAAUAAUCUUUUACCAGCGGCACCUGUUGGUCUACUUGGAUUACUCCUAUUGUUCCAGGUAACAGCAUCUAGGAAGAAAGCUUGUCAAACCAAAAAGUAAAAAACUGUAGAAGCAAGAAGUAGAACUCUGAAUUCAAGCAUUUUAAGAAGGAAAACUUUUGAACUUUGAGAAGCUUGAUACCCUUGAAUGCAUUGAAAUCAAACCACAGAUGCCCUUGUGACGGGAUCUUUAGUCAAUAAGGAUCAAUUGACGAGUUCUCUCCCAUCUUCCCACAUGUUUUGGCUUGUUUAAAGAGUUAACUUGGUAUUUAACUAAUAUACAUUCUGCUUUCUGUCAUUUUCUCCACUUGUUAAAUUUUUUCCUUUUAAACUGCUACAAACUGACUCUUUUUUCCCUUCUAGACAACAAGAGUGAGAUUUGUCUUUGACGAUGAGGCUCUGCUUGUGUAAGAUUUUAAUUAUUUUAGCACCAAAAAAUUUGAUGUCACUUAUAUGUGGAGUCCUUUGAUCCAACUUGUACCUCAGCUUGAAUACAAAGCAAAGACUUCCUGUGAGCCACUUCUAUGUGUGCACAUUUGCACAUGUUGUAUGUCUCUUAGACAUACCAUGAAUUUCAAUGCUUGGUUUACAGUCAUCAUUUAUUGAAUGCCAUUCUGAGACUUUUGAGUCACCUUUCACAAGGAUCCUCAUAAAGUUUACUUGCAGAACUAUGUGAAAACCUAGACAUGCGUAUUACACUCUCCUGCUUUAUUUGCUGAUGAAGCUAGUCACUGAAAUUCAUUUUACAUGUAACAUUUACGUUUUUAGGAGGUAAAAGUGGGAGAUCAACUUGAGGAGUCAGGCGAAAACAUAUUUGUCGGUGGAAAAAACCGUUGGAAGUACUCAACAUUUGUGAACUGGGAACUGUGGUGGCCAAAUUUCCCUAUUUUGGUAUAUUUUAAAGAGACACAAACAAAACCUGAAGGACAAGUUCACUUCUUUCCUGUCAUUUUUAAUGGCAAGCAACUUUAUGAUGUAAUGGUGGAGAGAGCUGGCCCUUCAAAAACCAGUGGGCCAAAAGAAUCCUGAGUGCCCCCAGCCUUGUGGGCGCAGAUAUCUGAGAUUGCACGUUCAAUCUUAAGGAUAACCGAUAUUGGUAGCUAAUUCCUUUACCAUUGUACUCAAUACAUUGAGGUAUUGUUGUAUCUUACACAUUUUGUAAUACAGUUAAUUUGUAAUAUGUUGCUCUAAUAAACAUUUCUUUUUUAUGCCAGUUCAGCUUGUAAUACAGAAAGAAUUGAAUAAUUUUUCUGAGAAAGACAAGUAAAAUUGAAGAUCAGUCAAUAUUUUCAUUGGAUGUAAACAAUCUUGGAUAACAUUUGUAAAUGGUGGUGAGUCUCAUUUGGCAAUUCUCAAUUUUCCUUGGUCUCUGUUGAGUAGAAAAAUCAUACAUUGAAAAUAUUAUAAAGAAUUAUGUGGUUUAAACUUUAAAUACAAGAAAUGUUAGUCU